AUGUCCGCCUCCGGCCGUGAGCUGCCCGCCUCCCGGCAUGACCUGGACACCUACUGGGGCCGCGUGAAGCAGGCCGCCGACAUCUCCGACCCGCGCACGCUGUUCGUGUCGUCCGCGCGGCUGGCGAAUGCGCAGGCCAUGCUGGCGGCGUACCGCGACGGCCGGCUGGCCGGCGCCAUGACGCCCGAGCUGUGGCAGGCGAAGAAGAUCGUGGACGCCACGCUGCACCCGGACACGGGCGAGCCGGUGUUCCUGCCCUUCCGCAUGUCGUGCUUCGUACUGUCGAACCUGGUCGUGACAGCCGGCAUGCUGACGCCGGGGCUGGGGACCGCCGGCACGGUGCUGUGGCAGGUCGCGAACCAGUCGCUGAACGUGGCCAUCAACCACGCCAACGCGAACAAGUCGGCGCCGCUGGGGACCGGCACGCUGGUGCAGUCGUACCUGCUGGCCGUGACGGCGUCGUGCUCGGUGGCCGUCGGGCUGCGGGCGGUGGUGCCGCGGCUGCGUGGGCUGACAGGCAGCACGCGGCUGGUGCUCGGGCGGCUGGUGCCGUUCGCCGCGGUGGCGACGGCAGGCGCGCUGAACGUGUGCCUGAUGCGCGGCGAGGAGAUGCGGCGUGGCAUCGAUGUGUUCCAUCCGGAGACGGGCGCGUGCCUGGGCCGCAGCCGGCGCGCGGCGCGGCUGGCGGUGGGCGAGACGGCCGUCAGCCGCGUGCUCAACGCCACGCCCAUCAUGGUGCUGCCGCCGCUGCUGCUGGUGCGUCUGCAGCGGACCGCCUGGCUGCGCGCGCGGCCGGGCCUGACGCUGCCCGUCAAUCUCGGCCUCAUCUUCGCGACGUCGGUGCUGGCGCUGCCGCUGGCGCUGGGGGCGUUCCCGCAGCGACAGGCGGUGCGCGCAGACAGCCUGGAGCGCGAGUUCUGGGGACGCGGCGGGCGUGACGGGCGGGUGGAGUUCAACCGGGGCAUCUGA